UUUGUUGCUAUGGACAGCUUGAAAACGCUUCGUAUAUUUUCAUAAAUCUUAUUAAAAGAACAUGGCUAAAUUACCUUUCAUCCAAGAACCGGGUCUGAUUCUGUUGCCAACCAGUGGGCGCUGGACAUGGAAAGAAGAACCACCUAGUCUGGAAUUUAUAAGUAAUAAUUCAGUUGGUGAUAAACAAGACAAACGAAGGAAAGCAAAGGGUGAACAUGGCAAAGGACGAAGUGACAGGGCUGCGUCCAGCACAGUUCGGUCUCUCACUGUCGGAAGGGGCCGCGGUCAGACCCUGACUGGUCUCACCAAGUCACCAUAUGCAUCAAAGAAAGACACAGCAGAUCACCCCACUGUCACCUUGCUCGAUAUUAAGUCGGUAGCCCAUGAAAUGAUGUCUGAAAGCUCAGGUGAACUGAUUCCAGACGCUGUUCGCAAUCUCUUUAUGACGGAACAGUUUGAUGAGUUUCUACUUCAUCUUCUCAGUUAUUUCAACUGCUUUUUUGAGAAAAUGAGUCAAGAAAAUAAGAAAAAUCCUAUGUAUAUCGAGCCGAGUCUGUCGGAGAAGAAGGCGUAUGCGGAGGUGUGCGUGCGUAUCGAGGUGGCGCAGUGCCUGCUGGGACAAUACUACUGUGUGCUCGUGCUGGGGCUCGGCCUUGAGGAUUACCACCACAUGUGUUGUGGAAAGUCAAGAGUAUCCUCCACACACAAAGAUAAAAGUAUGUUUGAGGCUUUUUACACGUUUUGCACAUAUGUUGUGUGGAUCACAUUCAGAAGAAAAGAGUUUGAAGUUGUCAAGAAAGAAAUUGGCAGGAUGUUGAGAUCGGACACCUUCAACCCAGCGAUUCGUGUCAAGUACGCCACUGAAGAGUUAAAAGAAGAUCUGAAAAAAGCACCAAAACCAGAAGAAAGAAGAGAUUCUACAGAAAAGAAAUUAACACCAGCUGAAUACAGAAGACUUCAUCCGAAAAGACCAGCAAUAAAAUCCAUUAUUACUCAGAGGUCACCAGCUGUUGUUUCCAUUUUGCCUUCACCAAAAGAAGAAGCACACUGGCUUUUCAAGAAAUCUGAGCCAGUGGCCACAAGCUUUUGGCUCAAGCUAUGCAGGCUAGUAAUAUCAAAGAAGAUGAAGAACUAGACGCAGAUCAAAAAGAACUUGACCAUUAACCCAAAGAAAUACAAAGUUGGUAUUCUUGGCGAACCCUACAACCUGUUUAACAGCAUGACUUUGACCCCCGUGGGAACAGAAACUGAGGAGGAGACGGAGGGUGACGGGGAAUGUAAAGAAACGGGAGAGGAAGGUACAGGCGACAAAGGUCACACCUCAGAUCGAGGAAUAAGCAGACAACAGACUGCAGUGUCCACUGCUACAACAGAAGCCAUGUCUGAUGAUGAGGGUAGAUAAAAGAAAAAACUGAAUAGUGAACUGCCACAAAUAAGAUCAAGUCAGUACACUGACGUCCUUUUGACAAGUAUACUCUCAUUCCUACAACAAACAGUCAGUAAUAUAAUUUACAAAUCAAAUAUAUAGGCUGUGUUACACAUGUCAUUGUUAAUAAUUUUAACUUCCAAAACAUGCCGUUUGUUUAUACAUGUAUGUAUAUUAAAAUGUAACAGUUCGUUUCAUGUGAAUUGAAACCAUAUAUGGUAUCAUGAUAGCAAUUCUGGAUUGUUUGAAAGCCAUUUAACAGACUAUGUAUUUGGCACUAAAUGAUGUUUGCUCCUUUUGCAAUUAAUUCAAACAAUUGCUGUUUUCCUCACUCGAAAGUUUCAAAUAAGAAAAAAAAGAAAAGAAAGAAGACAACAACAAAAAGUCUGUCAAGUAUUUAUUUUCAUUCAAAAAGUAAAUUGUACAUUUUGAUAUGUUAAAUUAUUUAUUGUAAUAUCAUGUAAAUGGUUGUGUGGGUUGUUUCACUUAUGUCUGUGAUGUGCACACAUAUUUAAAAAAUGUCAUAGAUGCUCGCCUUCUUUUGAGAUACUUUCUCCUGUAUACUGGUCUAUUACAAACUGGUACAAUACAGUUUGCAAGACUUUUAGAUUCUCAUGUACAUCAUCCCACUCAAAAUGUUAAAACACUAAAAACAGAAAAAUCACUUGACAAAAAGUGAUUACUGCACAUUUAUUUUAGAAGUAUUUAAAUCUUAACUGCGAACAAAUUAUGGCAUUUUCAGAUGGAUAAACAUCUGCAUUUAUCUUUAAAAUGUUUAAUUGUACAGAGCUGUUUAGGAAUGUUCCACAUGACUAAGAGAUACAUGGAAAUAUAUUUUUCUUAAACUGUUCUUCUAUUUGCAUGUGGGUUAUUAACCACCUUUAAACUCAUACAUGCUGCCAACUGGUUACAUAGUGAAUCAUCACACAUUCCAAAAUUAAAUGUUGUACACUCCAGAAGAUAACUAAUUAUUUUAAUUUGAAUGGAAAUUGGAGGUAAUUGAUUAGGUUAUAUAAAUAUAAUUCAUGUAACUGAAAAAUCAUGUGAACCACCUUUCAAUUACUUAAAAUUUCUAAAUAUUGUCCCUGGAAUAAAUACCAUUUGUACAUUUGACAGUAAAUGUAUGGCAUGAACAUUGAAACAUAUGCUAUGUAUAAUGAAGUCCUUGCUGAUUUACUCAUCUUGAAUGAAGACCAUGUAUCUAAAAACAAUAUUCCUAUUUCACAAAUUAUGUGGGGGUUGUAAUAUAAUGUGUUUAAAGUGUAAAUGGUAAACUAAAUAUGAUCAUUUUAGACAUUAUACAGGAUUCUUGUAACCUGUUUGCUGUUGCCAUUCAAAUGUAACUAAAAAUAAAUCCAUUCUAUUGU